UGCGGAAGUUCGCUGUCAACCGCAACCCUGCAAUCUUUUACUGUCUAUGGCUGCAACCACCACAGCCACACCAUAUAAAAGCUGAGUUUUGAAGCGGGUCUAUGGCAGCUCAUGGCAGCAGAAGAAGCCGGAGGUGUCGGCCGGUCUCCGGCCUGUCUGUGUGUCCUCUGCGGGCUACCUGCUGCUGGGAAGUCCACGCUGGCCCGCAAAGUGCUCCGCUCCGCUGCACUACACGGAUGGAGAGCCACUGUUGUGCCGUAUGAUGACCUGAUCCCCGAACAUGCUUUUCAGACCAGAGCGGAGGAGGACGGUGGCGUACUGCAAGAAAUAGUAAACACACACACUGAAUGGAAAUCACACAGACAAGCAGUUUUGCAGUGCAUUGAGCAGUUCUUGGAGAAACCUCAGCUUUUGGCAGAGCUGCCGGUCAGCUGUCAGAUCGACAGUGCUGCAUGGCAACAAUGCAUUCGAGCUCUAAUGCAGCCUGAAGCUUUGGACCACUCACAGGCUGAACGGGCACCACUUCUCUUUUUACUGGAUGACAAUUUCUACUAUCCAAGCAUGAGAUAUGAAAUGUACCAACUUGCAAGAAAGUAUUCCCUGGGUUUCUGCCAGGUGUACCUGCAGUGUGAUUUGGAGUCCUGCAUCAGCAGAAACCAGAGCAGGCCUGAACCUAUACCCACUGAGGUAAUAUUGGAGAUGGUGAAGCGUUUGGAGUCUCCAAAUCCACAGAAGAACUCAUGGGAGACAAACAGCAUUUCACUCAACACCACAGAUGAUUUGUCCAAAUGUGACAUCCAGAGGGUGAUGGAGUUGAUCUCCUCUGCACUGAGCAACCCGCUGAGCCCAGCUGAGGACAACACUAAACAAAAAGAAGCGGACCGCCUGAAAUGCGCCACUAAUGUGGUUCACCAGACUGACCAGGCCUGUCGACGCCAUAUAUCUGAAGCCAUGAAGACUGCCAGAGAGAAUCAAGUAGCCCCUAAGCACAUGAAGUCUUUGGCCGCUCAGCUGAAUGAAUCCAAAGCAACAUUUCUUCACAACCUGCGGAGACAGUUGCUCCAGGAAGCGUCUUUCACUCAAGAAGAGGACAUUGAUGUGGAACGUGUGGUGAAAAGAGCAGUGGACGUUUUUGAUCACGAGAAAAAGGAAAUUCUGUUGAGAAUCAUGAAUGAAAAUAACUGACUUGAAUCUUUUCUUGAAUUUUCAUAAAGACAGGUUUAAUUGCAUCAAAAAGUCACAAGUGAAUGCAUGACAUUGUAUUUAAUUAAAUGUAAAUAAAUUGUACUUUUGCUAGUUUGCUGGUGAAACAUGGAAAUGUAUGUACCCUAUUAUUUUAUCUUGUAAUUAAAAGCUUUUUAA